GUCGUCGUCGUCGCGCAGUUGCCGCCGCCGUCCUAGCCGUCCUCAACGACGAUGUUGAACCUCUCGAACAGAACGUCAAACGCCCUGCGGCGCCUUGCCGCAGGCAUGGCCACCGUCGCACCCCGCAUUGGCGACACCAAAGUACCCAUGUCUUUGCUCGAAAAGGGCGCCUAUAUCAACUACCAACGCAUUGAAGAUAACUUGGCUAUCGUUCGCGAGAGGCUCAACCGACCUCUGACUUUGUCCGAGAAGAUUGUCUAUGGACAUCUCGACAACCCACACGAGCAGGAGAUUGUUAGAGGAUCGAGCUACUUGAAGCUCAGGCCUGACCGGGUUGCAUGCCAAGAUGCUACUGCCCAGAUGGCUCUCCUUCAAUUCAUGUCCGCCGGUAUGGACACCGCCGCCGUCCCCACCACCGUCCACUGCGACCACUUGAUUGAGGCUCAAGUUGGCGGUGUCAAGGAUUUGGAACGUGCCAUCAACAUCAACAAGGAAGUCUACGACUUCUUGGCCACUGCUACUGCCAAGUACGGCCUCGGUUUCUGGAAGCCCGGCUCUGGUAUCAUUCACCAGAUUAUCCUGGAGAACUACGCUUUCCCUGGUGGAAUGAUGAUUGGUACCGACUCCCACACCCCUAACGCUGGUGGUCUCGGUAUGAUUGCCUGCGGUGUUGGUGGUGCCGAUGCUGUCGACGUCAUGGCUGGCAUUCCUUGGGAACUCAAGUGCCCCAAGGUUAUUGGUGUUAACCUUACCGGCAAGAUUGGCGGCUGGACUACUCCCAAGGACGUUAUCCUCAAGGUCGCUGGUAUCCUCACCGUCAAGGGUGGAACUGGUGCCAUUGUCGAGUACCGCGGUCCUGGUGUUGAGAGCCUCUCUUGCACCGGUAUGGCCACCAUUUGCAACAUGGGUGCUGAAAUUGGUGCCACCACCUCCGUCUUCCCCUACAACGAGCGCAUGGCCAAGUACCUCAAGGCCACCAACCGCGAGGACAUUGCCAACUAUGCCCGCCAAUUCUCCGCCAACCUCAAGGCCGACGAGGGUGCUGAGUACGACCAGAUGAUCGAAAUCAACCUCUCUGAGUUGGAGCCCCACAUCAACGGUCCCUUCACCCCCGACUUGGCCACUCCCAUCUCCAAGUUGGCUGAGGAGGCUAAGAAGAACGGCUGGCCCGAUGAGAUCAAGGUCGGCUUGAUCGGUUCUUGCACCAACUCUUCCUAUGAGGACAUGUCCCGUGCCGCCAACAUCGUCAAGCAGGCUGCCGACCACGGCCUCUCCUUCAAGAGCAAGUUCACCGUCACCCCCGGAUCUGAGCAAGUUCGUGCCACCAUCGCCCGUGAUGGCCAAGUCGAGGCCUUCGAAAACGCUGGUGCCAUCGUUUUGGCUAACGCCUGCGGCCCUUGCAUUGGUCAAUGGGACCGACAGGAUGUUAAGAAGGGCGAGAAGAACACUAUCGUCACCUCUUACAACCGUAACUUCACUGGUCGUAACGAUGCCAACCCUGCCACCCACGCCUUCGUCACUUCCCCCGAUCUCACCACCGCCUUGGCCUUCGCUGGAAGCCUCUCCUUCAACCCUCUCACUGACACCCUCAUCGGAUCUGACGGCAAGCCCUUCAAGUUCGAGAGCCCCACUGGUCACGAGCUUCCUCCCCGCGGCUACGACCCUGGCGAGAACACCUUCCAGGCCCCUCCUGCCGACCGUGCUUCCGUCAACGUUGCCGUUGACCCCAAGUCCGAUCGUCUCCAACUCCUCAAGCCCUUUGCCCCCUGGGACGGCAAGGAGCCCAAGGACCUCCCUAUCCUCAUCAAGGUCAAGGGCAAGUGCACGACCGACCAUAUUUCCGCUGGUGGCCCCUGGUUGAAGUACCGUGGACAUCUCGAGAACAUCUCUCAGAACUGCCUCAUCGGUGCCAUCAACGCUGAGAACGGCGAGGCGAACAAGGUCAAGAACCAAAUUACCGGUGAAUACGGCGGUGUUCCCCAGACCGCUGCCUACUACCGUGACCGUGGCGUCAAGUGGGUCGUCAUCGGUGACCACAACUACGGUGAGGGUUCUUCCCGUGAGCACGCUGCUCUCGAGCCCCGAUUCCUCGGUGGUCUUGCCAUCAUUGUCAAGUCCUUCGCUCGUAUCCACGAGACCAACUUGAAGAAGCAGGGUAUGCUUGCCCUCACCUUCGUCAAUGAGGCCGACUACGACAAGAUCCGCCCUGAUGACCGCGUCGACAUCGUUGGUGUUGACACCUUCGCUCCCGGCAAGAACAUGACUCUCGUCGCCAAGCACUCCGACGGCACUGUCGAUGAGAUUCCUUUGGCUCACUCCUUCAACGAGGGCCAGAUCGAAUGGUUCAAGGCUGGCUCUGCCCUGAACUUGAUGGCUGCUAAGGCCAAGCAGGCUCAGGCUUAAGUGGCUCAUCGAUAUCCGCCCGUCGCCUUUACGCGAUGGCCUCCAGCCGGAACCUAAAAGUAUCGACCUGGUUUGCAUGAGUAGUCUCAGGAUGUACAACCCUGCAUAUCACUCUAUUUAUACGACUAGCUGAACACUUCGUGGCGCUAGGUCCGUGGUUUGGAUGACAUGUAUACGUACGACUCUUUUUUUCCGUUUUUCUCCCCCUUGCUACCAUGCAACGCCACCGCGCUCUUCCUUCGCCCCUCGUUCCUUUACCUCUGCAUUUCCUCAUGGUUAUCUUGUCCGUGUCGCGGCGUAGGUGCGCACCCUGUACUCAUUAGUUUUUCUUUUGUCUCGUCUCUUCUUUAGUCGUUCUAAUGCAUGCAGAUAAAACGGAA